AUGAUGAAUGUGUUUUUCUUACGCGUUUGCACCCAUUUUACGAAUAAAUAUAUUCAUUGUGUGAUGCACUUUCUACCAAAAAUCUUACCUUUCCUUCUCUUCAUGUUGACAGUGGAGGGACAAGAUUUCGUAUCUGCUGAAAAUCAAUACUUAAAAGAAAGUUUGCAAAGUCCGUCUUGGGCUACUCUAAUUCCUGUAACUGCAAACCUACGUCCUACGCAAACCAUUGUGAAAAUGAACAGCACGCCUAGAACUUCGAUAAUAAAAAUCGUACCUGUUUCUACAAGCGAAGAAAACCUAAACGAAAAGGAUAUAGAUAUUGCAUUUAAAACUACUUCAGCCUUUGAUCUUCUGCGAGAUCCUUGGAGAAGUGAUUCACGGUCAGACAAAACUAAGCUGCCGGAACUAAGUGUUGCACAAACCUCUGGUAAUCUUUCGUUGGUCUCGUCUACACCAGCGAUUGAAUCAGAAACUACAAAGACGCAUCACAAUAAGUCGGAAACAAGUUCUACUGACUUGCACCUUCUGAAUGCGACAGUUCGGACCUCGAUUUUUCUAACCCACCACAACCGAUCUGUUCCCUUCCCAGUUUAUACCAAGUCAAACAAGUCAUGGUUAAGCGAAACAAAAAUUCACCAUCUUUUUAGAAAUCCUCUCAAGCGGAUAAGGCAAACUGUGGCAGAAAGUCUGAGCCCAAAGCACAAGGUUUCAAUUUUGUUCGUAUUAUUGGCUUUCGUACUUGCCAUUGUAUAA